UCCUGCCUCAGAUCACGUCCAGCAGCGCGACAAGAAGACGAAACGUAGAAGUACGCACCUGUCCACCCCCCUUUCUGUUCUACUACAUACUGCCGCGCCGAGACACUUCUUUCACCACCAAGAUGACGCGCGCUCAGCAGACGAUCUCAAUUGCUAUGCUCUUGACCUCACUCUACCUGGCGUGUUUCAUGGAAGUCGUUUCUUUUCCCCAGAAGAUCCAAAAAGAGAUCAUCCCCGUGCUUCCAUUCUGGGCUCUCGUCUCCUUUGGCGCCUACCUCUUGUUUAAAUUGGGUUGGGGGGUCUUCACCUUCAACGAUGUCCCCGAAGCACAUAAGGAAUUGAUGGAACAGAUACAACAGGCGAGGAAGGAGCUUCAAGCGAAGGGUGUGGAUGUUGGUUCGGACUGAGGCACGUGUUUGGAGUUCUGGUCAUCAGGAGGAAGGCAGCGACAAUUGGGAGUAACCGGAUGCCUU